GAAUCUCAUCGCGCCUGCGCGGUAGCUGUGUUCUCUUUUGGCAAUCGAGGAUCUCGCGAGAAAGGCUAGUUCUCUCGGGAUCUGAAUUCAAAUGAGCUUGGCGCUGCCCGUAUGGUGACUGACGAGUCUGUGGGCUGAAAGCAGAAAAAUAAAAUGGAGUCUGAGUUAGUUUUGAAUCUUCGUCGUCAGCUUAAAGAGGCUGAAGAAGAGCGAAUGAAAGCAGCACAAUAUGGUUUACUGCUACUGGAGAGCCAAAGCGAGUUGCAGAAUCAAUUGGAUAAAAUGAGAAGUGAAAUAAUGACCACAACAGAGAAUUAUGAACAAGAAAAAUUUACUCUUCAGAGAGAGGUUGAACUUAAAAAUCGAAUGUUGGAAAGUUUAAACUCUGAAUGUGAUGCUAUUAGACAGCAACAAAAAUUACAGCUGGAUAAUUUGGAAGAACAGCUAUCAAGGAGCCAUGGGCAGGAAAUGAAUGAACUUAAAAACAAGCUGGAAAAAUUGAAAGCUGAGUUAGAUGAAGCUCGACUAAAUGAAAAGCAAUUGAAACACAAAAUAGAACAUCAGAAAGAAAACUUGUCUGCUAAAUCAGAGGAAUUGAGGAUAAUGGCUGAGCGUGUACAUGAAACCAUGUCUUCAGAAAUGCUGAAUCUUCAAAUUGAGAUAACUGAGUUGGAAAGUGCAAAGGCUAAUCUUGAAGAAAAAGUGAAUGAGCUUCAAUACAGACAAGAACAACUAGAACUUUUUAAUAAUAACUUACACCACCAACUAGAAUGCCUUCAAGGAGAAAAAGAAGACAGAGAGAAAGAAGUUGUUUCAUACUAUAAUGCAUUAGAGAAAGCUCGUGUAACUAAUCAGGAUUUACAAACACAGUUGGACCAUGCAUUGCAGCAGGCCUUGGACCCCAACAGUAAAGGCAACUCUUUGUUUGCAGAGGUGGAAGAUCGAAGGGCAGAAAUGGAACGGCAGUUGAUCAGUGUGAAAGUCAAGUAUCAAUCUCUUCAAAAACAACAUUUAUUUAAUAGAGAACAGAUGCAAAGAAUGAAGUUACAAAUUGCUACACUGCUACAGAUGAAAGGGUCACAAACAGAAUUUGAGCAGCUGGAACGCUUGCAGGCUAUGUUAGAGCAGAAGAAUGGUGAAAUAGAAAAUCUUUUAGUGAAAGUAAAGCAGCUAGAGAAAUUUAAGAAUUUACAUGAAAAUACAGAAUCUAAGCCCUCUACUAGCUCUUGUACUCCAGCGGAUAACACAUACUAUAUUGAUCUACUUCAAAUGAAACUUGAAAAUGCAAACAAAGAAAUUGAAAAGGUUAGAGAUGAGCUAUCCUUACAGCGGAUGAAAGCAUUAUAUGAGAGCCAGCGGGUUCUAGAGGUAGAGAGAAAGCUUUUUACAAAUGAAAGGCAUCUCCAUCUUUUCCAAAGUGAAAAUAUGAACCUGAGAGUUAAACUAGAUGAAUUGAAAAUGAAAUACGAACCUGAAGAACCAGUGAAAAUAUCUGUACAUAAAAGAAAGCGUGAGAAGUUGCCCUUGGAUGUACCUUUUUCUAAUGAUAUAACUACUACUAGCAUUUCAGAAGACCCUUCUAAUUUAACUUCUAAUAGUGAGACCAACUCCUCUGCCAGUAAUCUAGGAGGAGAAAACCAAACCACAUCAGAGAAUUCUGGGAACACAGCUGUAACUUUCUCUCUCCCUCAAACUCUACCUGAGGAUAAAAAACCUCUGAAGGAAAAGAAUUGUGUGAAAAUCGUUGACAUUCCUUCCAGCCCAGAAGUUUUACAGGAAAAAGGUGGCAAUGCUGUUAAUCCUUCCAGGUCAGUGACCUCUCUAAUGUUUCCUCAAAACAGUGGACAGGCACCUUCCUCUGUUUUCUUUCGCUGCAUGACCUAUGCUCUACGUUUCUUUGUCUGUUUUCUUAGUAUUGCAUGCAGUAUGAUUCUCCAGCUUCAUCUGCCUCCCUUCAACUUUUCCAAAGCUCUAAAAAAGACUAAAAUGAUCUUAGGUAGAAAGGACUUAUAAGCAAUGGAGUUCUACUUUCAUAAAUUUAGAAUUGCCUUUUUUUUUGUAACAAGAUUAUCUUGUCUUUGAAAAAGAAGCAUCACAGAAAAUUUCCUAACGUGUUCUUUGAAUACAUAUGCUACUUUCCCUAGUUUAACAGCAGUCAUGAGGGGAAAUUUUAUCUGCUUUCCUUCUAAAAGACCAUGUUCAGGUGGAAGAAAAUAUGAAGUGAGCAAAGUUGUCAGUUUUAAAAACUUAGCUUUCAGGAGUAUGCUUAAAAAGUUAUGUAUUCUGUUUCUACCAAUCAAAGCUAAUUCAUUUUAGUUUUAUCAUUUAAACUUUUCCAUGAAAAACAUUUAGUCCCUACAUGAUUAAGAGUGGGUGUUACCAUGGUACAAGAAAUGUCUCUGAAGGAAAUGUCUUUUUAAGAUUCUAGUUACUCUAAGAGGCAGAAUGAGAUUGCUGUUGGAUAAAGGGUGUUUCUGAAAAGAAGUGAGUAAGAGCAAGUUAGUGGAAGGGGGUCAUUAACAAAUUAGUGAACCUAGGAAAGUUUGAGUACUUGAAUCUGUGUGAGUGGAGAAGAAUAGAAGUACCACACUAUUAGUGGAAAAGAACUGUGUCUAACAGAGGUCAUUGCCUACAACAAACAGUUCUACCUGCCACUAGAAAUGUGAGGUUAAGAGUCUGGGUGCCAUAGCCUGCCUAAGGCUGAACCAAGGCAUAAUCCAGAAGGAAAAGGAAGAAUCUAAUGGAAGAAAUUGAGAGAAAAAGAAGGAACUAUGGAAAGAGAAGAGAAGGAAGAAAGGGCAUAUUAUGAGGAAAAGAGUUGACUCUGGUGCCACAGGGUUACAGGAAUUUUAAAGUACUAAUGCUAUUGUCAUAGGUGAGCAGGGAAAACAAUGAGAACAUUAUUUUACAAAAGUGAAAUCAGACACUCUCUACCUUGUACUAAGGGCUAAUUUAUAUGCUUAGCUUUAAUCUUUUAAUUAGCCAGCAAUAAUGAAUGUUUAUUAAAUGGUAGAAUAAGACAGAAUCAAACAGUGUUAGAAAGAGAAGAUAAAAAUUAUAUUCUCUUUAGCCUCAAAAAAAGUUGACCAUCUAAAUUUUUUUUUACUCAUGGAAUUAAUAUAAAAUUAAGAGAAAGAAAAUUGAUAGGAUAUACAUUAAAAAAUUUUGAAACACAAGACCAAUUCAUUGUUUUACAAUUGUGUAAUUUCAUUAUGACUUAUAUUACUGUAGUUAAAAAAUAAAGUUUUCUAAUAUUAAUUCCCAUCACUGACUGUUUCACAAAAUAUACACAUAAAAUUGGUUUACUUGGCCACGUUACAUAAAAAGUACAUAAGAUGUAACAUUGACUUUAGAAAGUCAGAAGUAAUUUUAAGAAACAAUAUCUGAGGCUUUAUGUUCCAGUUAUUGUUAAAAUCAGGUCAUCAGAUGAUGUUUAACAGACAUACAUUAUUUAUGUAUGUCUGUGCUUCAUUGUAUAAGUAUGCUUGAUUUCUGUAUGUUUCUUUGGGAGUCUCUUAGACUUGAAUAAUACAGUCUUUACUGCUUUUCCUAAUUGUUCUUUGUCAGUCCUUUAUGAGCCUUGUAAAUGUAUUUAAGCAAAUAGUUACUGAAUGUUAGAUGGGGCUGCAAAUUAUGUAGCACACUAACAUUUUGCAAGUUCACAAAAAAGGGGGGGCGGUAUACUACCUUGUUUUUUGUGACCAUUCGCCCAAUCAGGACUUACUAGAAUUUAAAUGCAUUUAGAUCAACAUAAAAUUUCGUUAUAUUUGAUAUUUCUUAUAUUGCAUGACUUGACUCAUAAAAUUGACAAACAUGCUAAAAAGCAUCAAUUUGGUGGCAAUGGUAUUUAAAAUCUACAAACUUCAAAAUCCAAUAUGCAAGGCUGUGUGUGUGUUUAAUUCUCAAAAGCUUAUAUAUUCAGUCCAAUUUUUUGGUUACAAAGCACAAAGGAUUGGCAUUUUUGUGUCAUGCUUGGCUUUUUUGUUUAGUGAAUAGGUAUUUAAAUCUUUACACAGCAUGCCAGUUGUGAAUAUUCUUGAGUUUAAAAUAGUUUCCUUUUUUUUUUCUAUUCUCUUAUAGAGUGAUUAUUAGACUUGUUUAUAGCUGAAAAUUAUUGAUUUAUACAGAGGAAAUAAAUUGUGCUGGAUUUGAAAUUGGAUGAACUGGGUUUGAAUCUUGAACCUAUGCUAUUUAAUAAUUUUGUGACCUUGGAUAUAUUACUUACCCUCUCAGGGCCUCAUAUAGAAUGAGCUGAUUGAACUAGAUAAUCUCUAAAGUGGUCCCUUCUAAUCCAGGAUCUUAUGAGUUUUAAAAUAAAGAAACCAAGGGGGCAGCUGGGUAGCUCAGUGGAUUGAGGGCCAGUCCUAGAGACGGGAGGUCCUAGGUUCAAAUCUGCCCUCAGCCACUACCCAGCUGUGUGACCCUGGGCAAGUCACUUGACCCCCAUUGCCUAGUCCUUACCACUCUUCUGCCUUGGAGCCAAUACACAGUAUUGACUCCAAGAUGGAAGGUAAGGGUUUAAAAAAAUAAAAUAAAAUAAAGAAACCAUUAACUUUUUAAAUGAGAAGUAUGAGAAAAUGUUUCCUUAAAUAAAACGAUUGAACCAUUUUAAUGGUCUCAGAAUACUCUUUGUUUUUUAAUGUGGUUCAGCUGGAUUGCUAGAGUCCUUUACAGUAGAACUUUUAUUUCCCACUUUCUUUUUCAUAAACAAUUAGAAUUUAGAAUUGAUACUUUGCUGCCUGUAGGUUAUUAGAUGCUGAAUCGAAGCUCCAUACAGAAGUUAAAGAGGGGAAAGAUACUGCAAGCAAACCUGAGAAAAAAACUUUUAAGAAAACAUACACUACCCUAUAUGUGUCUUCCAAACCAACUGAGACACAGUGUGCUCAACAAUAAAACUGUUUGUUUAGUAAUAAUAAAGUACAAUUUGCAAAAUCCUCUUCUCUUACCCUACUCCAAAAAGGCUGUUGAACACUACCUUGGAUUGUAAGGUUAUAUCUGAUAUGCAUCAAUUUGUGGAUGAAAAUAUGAUUCAUUGUACCAUUACCUCAUUUAUACUUUGGCAACUUUUGGCAUUUAGGUUUUGAUGUCACUAAUUCCAUAAGUAGUAAUUUUAGGUAUCCCAGAAAUUUUAGUGCAGUCUUAAGGUUUUAAUAACUUAAAUUGUUAAAAAACUUUUGGGGACUCUUCAAAGACCUGUAUUUGUUACAACUUAAACUGCCCUAAUAACACAAAGUAUUAAUGAAUGCAUAUGUAAAUAUGUGUAUUUCCAGUUCUGUGUGGCUUUUUAAUUGAAGUUAAUAGGUACUUCAGGUAUAUCAGAAAAGAGAAAGAGGCUUUUUGUUUGUGAAAUUAUUGUUGACAACAUGCUAAAAGAUAGGAACCCUUUGUAGAGGAAGUAUUUUCCAUUUUUGCAAUAAUUCGUGUUCAAAUUCACUUAUGUUUACAUUUUUCAGAAGCAUUUUUAUAAAAAAUGCUUUUGAAAAUUGUACAGUAUGCCGAUGAGAAGUUUUUAUUUUCUUUUUUUAGACAGUAUGGGGUAGGUAUUAAUGAUGUAAAAAAAUAAAAGAAUCUUUGUAUUCCCUGAUAUUAUGAUUCUGAUUUUACUGAAUAAAUUUAAAAAUUAUGAAAAUA